GUGGUGCUUGGCACCCUAUCAUCAAGCCUUGAUAACACCCUUUUCCCCUCCCGCAACAGAAUCCGCUUAAUGGGAAAAAGGGGGAAGACAGAGAACUGGAAUUCAAGAAAGUCAAAAUCAAAAUCACGAUGCACAUCCACGCUUUAUACGUCCACCCGGUAAAGUCACUUCGUCCGAUUUCUGUGCAAUCGGCGAAGGUCACCGCCAUCGGACCGGAACAUGACCGGGUAUUCCUGCUACAGAAGCAGGAUGGGGACAUCUACAAGUUCAUGCACAUUGCGCAUUUCCCCCAGCUAUCCCUAUUUCAUACUUCCUUCGGCGGCCCGGGCGAAAAUGUACUGAUAGUCAGGCACUCCCCGCCCAAUGGAGAGAGCAAGGAACUGCGUAUUCCCCUCCGACCGGAUACGUCUGGACUUGUGACGAGGGAGAUAGUAAUGCAUAGCUCAGCGUGCAUGGGGUACGAUAUGGGGGAUGGGUUUUCGGAGUUUUUUUCGGCAUGUCUUGGCUUUCGCACGAGGCUGGUAUAUCUAGGUUCAUCACACAGGCUGGCCGUAGGAAGCAUUGCACCUCUGGAGCAGCCAGGCACAACAACUGAUUCCACAACGGGUGCCCAGACAACGCAAAGGAAGAAGGUCGAAAUAUCGUUCGCUGAUUGCGCGCCAAUAAUGAUCACCAAUAUGGCCUCUCUUAAAUGUGUGAACGAUAUGAUUGGGGAGGAAAUGGAUGUUACUAAAUUUCGCCCAAACAUGGUGGUCGCGGGUGAUGAUGGGGAGGAAGUGACUCGGUGGGAGGAAGAUUUUUGGGGAGAACUCCUCGUCGGUGGUGACAAGAGGAUUAGCUUGACUGGGAAUUGUCCGAGAUCUACUGGCAUUAACGUCGAUUAUGCUACCGGCGGGGUAGUCCCUGCGGACAAACAACCUUUGGAAAAGCUGAUGAAAGAUAGAAGAGUGGAUCCGGGAACGAAGUCCAACCCGGUGUUCGGACGGUACGGGAUAUUCCCAGAUAUUCCUGCCUCCGGCGUCUCCUUAAAUGUGGGAGAUAAAGUUGUGGUAUCGAAAAGAAAUUCGGAGAGAUCAGAACUAUGCAUGUCCAACCACGCCAAUUGUUGGAUAGUUUCCCCGUGCUGACAGGAGACAGAUUGGCCCGGGAUCACGACAAAGGAGGAAUAAUGUGGUCCGUAGCGCUAGUACGGUCAGGUAUUGAUUGGUGGUUUGCUGUUUGAAGCUGGAUAAUGUUAUUGUAAUUUUGGGGGGCGUCGCAGUGGCUGCGAGCGAUGGGUACCGCGAAACGCGGAGUUGAUAAAAGCAACACCUGAGAAUGGCUGAUAGUUGAAUGUUUUGUGAGAAACCUGAUAUGAUGACCACAUACU